CCCUCCGCUCGGGGACUCACUAGGGCGAACGAGCGGCAGCGCUUGGCAUUGUAGAAGGCAGCGGUGGCCGGCGAGGGCGCCGGAGCCGCGGGCAGUGGCAGGGCGCGGGGAGGCACGCACCAAGGCUUGGAUUGCGCGGCGUCGGCCGCUGCGAGCGCACUCACAUUUAGUCGCGCAACUUCGGUGACUGGACGCCGGAGCCCGGAGAGCGCUCGAGCCCAGGAGCCUGAGGAGCGCAGAGAGGGGCGCACCAAAGCCCGGCCGGAGAGGGGGCGCCGGGCACCCAUCGCGCUUCGAGCGUCGGGCAGCCCUCUGCGAAGCGUGGCUGCCUCUGCCCCCACGGAGGGCACGGGCUGGCGCGGCCGGGCGCCGGGGAGGACGGCGAGGAGGAGGCGGCGGCGGCGGAGACGGCGGCGGCGAGACUGGGGCCAGGGAGAGAGCCCCGGGGGAGAGGCGCCUGAGCCGGGCCGCGGGAGCAUGUGGACCCGGAGUGGAGCGCGAGGCGCGCUGUUGCUGGCGCUGCUGCUCUGCUGGGACCUGAGGCUGAGCCAAGCAGGCGCUGACCCAGGCAGCGAGGUGCUCCCCGACUCCUUCCCAUCAGCACCAGCAGAGCGGCUGCCCCUCUUCCUGCAGGAGCCGCAGGACGCCUACAUCGUGAAGAACAAGCCCGUGGAGCUGCGCUGCCGCGCCUUUCCCGCCACGCAAAUCUACUUCAAGUGCAACGGCGAGUGGGUCAGCCAGAACAACCACGUCACACAGGAGGGCCUGGACGAGGCCACCGGCCUGCAGGUGCGAGAGGUACAGAUCGAGGUGUCACGGCAGCAGGUGGAAGAGCUGUUCGGGCUGGAGGAUUACUGGUGCCAGUGCGUGGCCUGGAGCUCUGCGGGCACCACCAAGAGUCGCCGGGCCUAUGUCCGCAUUGCAUACCUGCGUAAGAACUUCGAUCAGGAGCCUCUGGGCAAGGAAGUGCCCCUGGACCACGAGGUUCUCCUUCAGUGCCGCCCACCAGAGGGGGUACCUGUGGCUGAGGUAGAAUGGCUCAAGAACGAAGACAUCAUCGACCCCAGCCAGGACACCAACUUCCUGCUCACCAUCGACCACAACCUCAUCAUCCGCCAGGCCCGCCUGUCAGAUACGGCCAACUACACCUGCGUGGCCAAGAACAUCGUGGCCAAGCGCCGCAGCACCACGGCCACCAUCAUCGUCUAUGUGAAUGGCGGAUGGUCCAGCUGGGCAGAGUGGUCGCCCUGCUCCAACCGCUGUGGCCGAGGCUGGCAGAAGCGCACACGGACCUGUACCAACCCCGCCCCACUCAAUGGAGGCGCCUUCUGUGAGGGCCAGGCCUUCCAGAAGACUGCCUGCACCACCGUAUGCCCAGUCGACGGCGCCUGGACCGAGUGGAGCAAGUGGUCAGCCUGUAGCACCGAGUGCGCCCACUGGCGCAGCCGCGAGUGCAUGGCACCCCCACCCCAGAACGGAGGUCGGGACUGCAGUGGGACCCUGCUCGACUCCAAGAACUGCACUGACGGGCUGUGCGUGCAGAAUAAGAAAACUCUAAGUGACCCCAAAAGCCACCUCCUGGAGCCCUCGGGGGACGUGGCGCUGUACGCAGGCCUUGUGGUGUCCGUCUUCGUGGUGGUGGCCGUCCUCAUGGUGGUGGCGGUGGUGGUGUACCGCCGCAACUGCCGGGACUUCGACACCGACAUCACCGACUCAUCCGCUGCCCUCACCGGCGGCUUCCACCCGGUCAACUUCAAGACGGCGAGGCCCACCAACCCGCAGCUCCUGCACCCGUCUGUGCCUCCGGACCUCACCGCCAGUGCUGGCAUCUACCGCGGGCCCAUGUACGCCCUCCAGGACUCAGCCGACAAGAUCCCCAUGACCAACUCGCCCCUGCUGGACCCCCUGCCCAGCCUCAAGAUCAAGGUCUACAGUUCUAGCACCACCGGCUCCGGGCCAGGCCUGGCAGACGGGGCUGACCUGAUGGGGGUCCUGCCGGCUGGCACAUAUCCUGGUGAUUUGGCCCGGGACGCCCACUUCCUGCACCUGCGCAGUGCCAGCCUCGGCUCCCAGCAGCUCCUGGGCCUGCCCCGUGACCCGGGGAGCAGCGUCAGCGGCACCUUCGGCUGCCUGGGCGGGAGGCUCAGCAUCCCUGGCACAGGGGUCAGCCUGCUGGUACCCAAUGGAGCCAUCCCCCAGGGCAAGUUCUACGAGAUGUACCUCCUCAUCAACAAGGCAGAAAACACCCUCCCGCUUUCGGAAGGGACCCAGACAGUAUUGAGCCCCUCGGUGACCUGCGGGCCCACAGGCCUCCUGCUGUGCCGCCCCGUCAUCCUCACGGUGCCCCACUGCGCCGAAGUCAAUGCCGGCGACUGGAUCUUCCAGCUCAAGACCCAGACCCACCAGGGCCACUGGGAGGAGGUGGUGACCCUGGACGAGGAGACCCUGAACACCCCCUGCUACUGCCAGCUGGAGGCCAGGUCCUGCCACAUCCUGCUGGACCAGCUGGGCACCUACGUGUUCACGGGUGAGUCCUACUCCCGCUCGGCCAUCAAGCGGCUCCAGCUGGCCAUCUUCGCCCCCGCCCUCUGCACCUCUCUGGAGUACAGCCUCAGGGUCUACUGCCUGGAGGAUACACCCGUGGCGCUGAAGGAAGUGCUGGAGCUGGAGCGGACCCUGGGUGGCUACCUAGUGGAGGAGCCCAAACCCCUGCUGUUUAAGGACAGUUACCAUAACCUGCGCCUCUCCCUCCACGACAUCCCCCACGCCCACUGGAGGAGCAAGCUGCUGGCCAAGUACCAGGAGAUCCCCUUCUAUCACAUUUGGAGUGGAAGCCAGAAGGCCCUGCACUGCACCUUCACCCUGGAGAGGCACAGCCUGGCCUCCACCGAGCUCAGCUGCAAGAUCUGUGUGCGGCAGGUGGAGGGGGAGGGCCAGAUAUUCCAGCUGCACACCGUGCUGGCAGAGACACCUGCUGGCUCCCUGGACGCCCUCUGCUCCGCCCCCAGCAGCACAGUCACCACCCAGCUGGGACCCUAUGCCUUCAAGAUCCCGCUGUCCAUCCGCCAGAAGAUAUGCAACAGCCUAGAUGCCCCCAACUCGCGCGGCAACGACUGGCGGCUGCUGGCGCAAAAGCUAUCCAUGGACCGGUACCUGAACUACUUUGCCACCAAAGCGAGCCCCACAGGUGUGAUCCUGGACCUCUGGGAGGCUCUGCAGCAGGACGACGGGGACCUCAACAGCCUGGCAAGUGCCUUGGAGGAGAUGGGCAAGAGCGAGAUGCUGGUGGCCAUGACCACGGAUGGGGACUGCUGAGCCGCCCCAACCCUGUGCAUGCUGGGAGAGACCAGCAGGGGGCGGGCACAGGCCGCCGGGGCAGCCUCCUGUGGGGCAGUUGGGCCUCCUCACAGCCAGAAUGGCCCCCCUCCUCCUCCCCCUGCCCCGCCCCCAGACCACGACCAGCCUUAGGAAAUCCCUGGACUUUGCUGCUGGGAGGACCCAGCGUUCCUUCUCCACCCCCUGCUGACUUUCCUGACAUCAGACCUCUGUGCAGGAACUGGGACGGGGCUGAGGCCUCUGGAGGCAGCUAGGGGAACAGGGAGGUGGCCCUCCCACCCUCAGCCCCCGGGCCCUCGAGGGGGCCUCUGUUUGAGCUGCGUUCUUCAUUUUCCUCCCCGGUUAUUAAUUUCUCCCUCCUCCCUAAGCUCCUUUCUCCUUUCAUGCCAUUUUCCUCUUUGAAGAGUCAAGUACAAUUCAGGCGAGCUGCUUUCUCCUGUCCACAAACAAAAAGGAAGAGGAAAAAAAAAGGAAAGACAGAAAGCUUCAGACCACUAGUCAGGCUCAAAAGAGAAGAAAAACACCAAAACCAUAAGGGAAAAGAAAAAAACCCAGUUUCUUAGGAAACGCCAAUGAUUUAUUAUCCAGAUAUUUGGAUAAGUCCUUUUUAAGAAAAAAGAAAGAAAAUGAAAAAAACAACACA